UGAUGACACCUGAUCAGGGGCGGACUGACAAUUCAUGGGGCCCCCGGGCAAUAGGGGAUCAUGGGGCCCCUGUGCCCUUGCCCAAACUCAAAAAAGCCUAUGAAAAGGGUACCAGGGGCAUCUCAUGGGGCCCCCUACUGACCCCGGGCCCUCGGGCAGUGCCCGAGUUUCCAGGUGGUCAGUCCGCCCCUGCACCUGACCAAAGCAUCAGCCCAAAGUUCUUCACGUCAGUUAUAAUAUUCCUAAGAAUGCUCAGAAAACCUGGCCAUGCAGAUCUUCGCUUGCCCAUCCGCAUCAUCCAUUCACAGUGUUCCUUUGCAGCUGGACAG